UGUUUCUCCUAGCGAGCUUCUACCCUCCUCACCCUCCACCGCACCCGGGGUGUAUCCAGUCUCUGGUCCCUCGGGCGAGUGAGCUGGGGUAGCAGAGAAGCCCCAGCAGUGCCGGGCCUAGGAUCCUCCUGCUCUGGUGGCCCCAAGUCCCCCACCUGCGCGUGACUCCUCCUCCCGACUCAGUUCCGCAGCGUCCGCACCCUGGCGACACGCUGUUUCGGCCACCGCACCUGCGUCAGGGUGGAGUAGGGGACAAUCUGGAGGUAGAAGGGGAAAACAAGGAGGGUCUGGGGAGCACCGCGGUGCCGGGUGAGCAACCGCGCUCCGGGUGGAGGGUCCCCGCAGCCUAGAGCCUCCCACCCCGGUCUGCCGCACCGAUGCGCUGUCCGCGGUGCUGACGCCGGCCGGCCGCUCAGUCGGGAGGGGGAGCAGACGCCCUGGUUCCCGCCGCGCCCGGAGCCUGUCCUUGGUUCCCAAGCCGUGUCUCUUCCCCGAGAGGACUCCGCCGGAGUCCUGGCGCAGCGGUUGGAUCCAGGCACAAAAGAGUGAGCAAAGGGAACUUAAACUUCAGGCUGGAGGCCGAGAAUCGGAAGUCGGGUUUGGCUCCCGAUGGCCCCCAGCCCCUGAGACCUUAAAGCACCAAGUUGAGUAAAGUUUCCCAGUGGCUUGAGAAAGGAAGAGACUCUGGAGCCCAAGCGCAGGGAAGGAAGGACGCGGUUGUCUAGCGCGCUGGCAGCCAGCACCGCAGUGGGACACCUGCUCCGAUGGGACGCGCUGGUGCCGCCAGAACGACCCGGAGGCGUCGCAGGAGCCCAACUCUCCACCCCUUCCUCCCUUCCUUACUCACCCCUCCCCAACACCCCGCCCCGUGCUCCGGUGACUCCGCCUUUCCGUGUUGGGUAGCUCUCCGGCGGUAGCAGGGAAGGGAAAGAACCGCUUCCCCGGAGGACUCGGCUCGGCUCUGAGGCUCCGAAGCCGACACCGCCAGCUCAGUAUCAGCGGUGGAACAGGACCGCCCGCCCAGCCUGCGCCUAGGCGCCACCGAGCCCCGGCAGCCUCAUGGGACGCCCCAGAGGACUCGCUCUCUGCCCUGCCACCGUGUUCCGAUCCUAGGCGUCCGGACUCCACGGCUCAACCGGUUCGCAACCCCACGGCCUGUCCGGAGAGGAGUAUGCGGCCCGGGGCCCGGUGGACUCCGGCCACCGGGCGGCGCUGGCCUAGCUUCGGAGCCCGGAGCCCGAGGGCAGCAAGUGACGAGCCGCGGGAGGCAGUAAGGCGUCGGGGAGCCGAGAGAAGCGCUCCAGCUCGGGUGCCCGCUGGGCCGCACGACCCACGGUGUGUGGCCUGAAACCCAGGCAGGAGGCAGAGGCUCCCUGCCGUCCCGGUUCCGGGGGAGGCUGCAGAGGGGCUCCGCGGCGGCCCCAGACCUCUGGCCACCAUCCUCACGCUCCUGCUCCUGCGGUGGGGAUGUCACGGCCCCGGCUCCGAGCGCCGCCCCAGCCCCGGGGCUGAGCUGCGGACCAUGUCCUCCCGCAGCCCCCGGCCCCCGCCCCGCCGCUGCCGCCGCCGCCUGCCGCGUCCCUCCUGCUGCUGCUGCUGCUGCCGCCGCUCGCACCUCAACGAGGACACCGGGCGCUUCGUGCUGCUGGCCGCGCUCAUCGGCCUCUACCUGGUGGCGGGCGCCACCGUCUUCUCCGCGCUCGAGAGCCCGGGCGAGGCGGAGGCGCGGGCGCGCUGGGGCGCCACGCUGCGCAACUUCAGCGCGGCGCACGGCGUGGCGGAGCCGGAGCUGCGCGCCUUCCUCCGGCACUACGAGGCCGCGCUGGCCGCCGGGGUCCGCGCCGACGCCCUGCGACCGCGCUGGGACUUCCCCGGAGCCUUCUACUUCGUGGGCACCGUGGUGUCGACCAUAGGUUUCGGCAUGACCACCCCAGCCACAGUGGGCGGGAAGGCCUUCCUCAUCGCCUACGGACUGUUCGGCUGCGCGGGGACCAUCCUGUUCUUCAACCUCUUUCUGGAGCGCAUCAUCUCGCUGCUGGCCUUCAUCAUGCGCGCCUGCCGAGAGCGCCAGCUGCGCCGCAGCGGCCUGCUGCCCGCCACCUUCCGUCGGGGCUCGGCGCUGUCCGAGGCCGACAGCCUGGCGGGCUGGAAGCCCUCGGUGUACCACGUGCUGCUCAUCCUGGGCCUGUUCGCCGUGCUGCUGGCAUGCUGCGCCUCGGCCAUGUACACCAGCGUGGAGGGCUGGGACUACGUGGACUCGCUCUACUUCUGCUUCGUCACCUUCAGCACCAUCGGCUUCGGGGACCUGGUGAGCAGCCAGCACGCCGCCUACCGGAACCAGGGGCUCUACCGCCUGGGCAACUUCCUCUUCAUCCUGCUCGGCGUGUGCUGCAUCUACUCGCUCUUCAACGUCAUCUCCAUCCUCAUCAAGCAGGUGCUCAACUGGAUGCUGCGCAAGCUGAGCUGCCGCUGCUGCACGCGCUGCUGUCCGGCGCCCGGCGCGCCCCUGUCAAGGCGCAACGCCAUCACCCCGGGCUCCCGGCUGCGCCGCCGCCUGGCCGCGCUGGGCGCCGACCCCGCGACCCGCGACAGCGACGCCGAGGGCCGCCGCCUGUCGGGCGAGCUCAUCUCCAUGCGCGACCUCACGGCGUCCAACAAGGUGUCGCUGGCGCUGCUGCAGAAGCAGCUGUCCGAGACGGCCAACGGCUACCCGCGCAGCGUGUGCGUCAACACGCGCCAGAACGGCUUCUCGGGCGGCGUGGGCGCGCUGGGCAUCAUGAACAACCGGCUGGCAGAGACCAGCGCCUCCAGGUAGAGCGGCUGCCCGCCCCCAGCGCCGCGGACCCGGCCUGGGCUGCGCGCCGCCGGGCGGGUUUGCUUCAAUGCUCUCCGAGACCGCGCUUUCUUAAUCUUUAUCCAAUAAAAACGAAACGACACGAAACAAAACAAAACAAAACAAAACCACAAAAAAACAAAAAUGUUUUCUAAAGAAAUACUAUUUGGCCAGGCCUGACGUGACCAAGGGCAAGUUUUAGAUGAGACUGUGAUCUUUUGAGUCCCCUCUUGGAGCACCGUGCCCCCCCAACAGAUUUCCCUUGCAGGAAGAGAAAAAGUGGCACCCCAAAUCCCCCCUUCUCCCCGUGCCAGUGCAUACUGCAGCAAGGAGAGUGCAUUCCUGGGCUUUGCAGACAGGCACUAAAGCCUUCCCCAUGCACAUAAGCAGCUGGCAACCCCGAAGCAUAUGGUGCCGCCUUUCAUGGCUCUGAAUUACCUCCUCAGCCUUUAGAAUCCUGGCCCAGCCUAGCAGCUUCCUUCUGGUCGUCAGAAGUGAUAUAGUCACAGUUUUGACAGGUGGGGGUAGGGAGCGCCAUAUGCUGCCUCCCCGUGUAUAUAUAUAGAACACCACUACACACGGGGCUGCUGUAGUAUUAUGCAAUGAGAGGGAACCGCAGCACCAACCUGCAGUCCGUGGCACCCCCCCACACACCUUGGAAAAUGCAAAUGGUGAGGGGCUUAGCUGGCCUUUCACAGCCCGCAGCUAGUCGGCUUCCUGAGUUCUGCUUGUGGAAAAUCAGAGGGACCUGUAGGGAGAGGCAAUCUCAGACUGGGAGUCCUGCUCUGAUCUCUGAAAUGAGCCCCCCUCCCACCCCCGACUUUCUUUUCAUUCACAAGCUUCGCGCACGCGCACGCGCACCGCCGCUCGCCGAUACUAAUCAGGACUGGGUGCCUCUUCUCGGAUAAGAUUUUCUUACUGUUGUCUUCUUAACCCUUGUUGACCAGUUCAACCCUUCCCCCUUUUAGAGAGCCUAGAGGGGCAGCGCACAGCCCCCAUCCACCUCUGCUCUAAUUUAGGGCUCGGCCCUCUACCCCAACCAGGACCUACAGCACCAGAAGCCAAAAGCAAACGUCAGGCCAUUAAACUCCCGUGCCUACCACAUAGUGUUUAGGGGCUGGCGCAAUGAGACCACACUCUGAAUCCUGUGUGGUCUCCAAAUAACCAGGUAGGUCUGUGUUCUCUCUGCGUACCCUACACUGGAGGUGGAGGAGGCAGGAAGGAGGGAGGGAGAUGCCAGAACCCACGGGAUAAAAGUGAUGUUCUGAAUGAUGGUCCUCAGGCUGAGGGACAGAAUCUCCCAGACUCGCCCUCUGCAGAGGGCAGUCCAGAUCCUCAAGGCUUCAUGGAACUGGCAGAGUUUGAAGCUGUGAAGGAGCACACCUCUGCCCUCUGUCUCAUCUGAAGAAAUGCCAAUGUUUAAGGAAAGUGUCCGUUCACGGUGUGACCCAAUUACACACCUCUGGUAGGAAUUUUUACAAACUUUAUCACCUCAGUACACUAUCCCUCUCCCUGGCAAAUGUGCCUGGAGUGUGUGUGCACAUAUGCACACAUGUUCACUCACACACAGAGAACAUUAAAAACCAUAUUUGAAUGUCAAAUUCUGAUUCUCCCUUCCAGUUUCAGAUAGGAAGGAAAAAAAUAACCCAGGGCACAGGGACUUGGUUAGUUUGGGUAAUUUCCAGUCUGUUAUUGGGGUUGGUCUUUAUACCAGGUCUUUAAACACAGGCUCUAGUCUGGUAUAAAACCAAUGAGGUAGGGCUGACAGGAGAGAGACCGGCUUACUAAAUCCUCAAGGGGUAGAACCCUCCAGAAGCCAUGCUGUGACUGCACAUCAGGGCCAGCCCAUGAGCUGUCAUCUGAACAAUGGCUUUGGUCCCAGGAAGGGACUACACAGUCUUAAGAGAUGUGAGUCUCCAGUACAGGGCUUCUGACAGGACCUGGAAAUAAAGCACCAGGCUUAUCCCUUUAAAAGAAGAACAGAUUAAAAAGCAUCCAGUUAGAGAUGUCACCUAGGCAACGGGAAAUAACUUGGGGAGCUGAGCCAUCCAGAGCGGGGAAAUAGAGAUUCCCGUGGCAGAGGCAUCUGGACCAGGCAAAAUAGCAGUUUGCCCGUGGCGGGGGGGGGGGGGGGGGGGGGAGCCCUGAGGACAGAACAGUGGGGCUAAGGCUCGGCCGCCAAGUCGCCACAUAAUAAGCCAUCCAAGCCACCAUACUGACGAAUGCCUAACGCUGCAUGGAGUCCCUUCUCCUCGGGAGCAGGGGAGCAACCACCAGGAUCCUCCUCCAGGGAAGAGAAAUGCCAAGCCCUCCUUGGCAGCCUCCUCUAUCACCAGGCUUCUUAGGCUCCCUAAGUUGCUUCCGCUGCACACACAGCCUUAGAUGUUUUCAGUUCCUUUCCUAUGCGUUGGCUUUGGAAGGAGGCAAUUGGCUGCAGUUAGAGCAAAGCCUCUAAAGGAAGCACACGCACGGUUUGAGGGGGCAGGGCAGGGAAGCCCCUCUUUCCCUUCCCUCUCAUGACUUCCCAGAGAAACGUCUGUCCUCCAAGUAUCUCAGGAUCCGGUGGCACAUGUACACUGUCGCCCCUGUCCCUCUGGUCCCCAUCACACAACACCCAGUCUCAGUCCCACCACCAUGUGGUACGACAGACCAUCCUUCUCUCCCCUGCCCAGACUAAGGAUUGGGUGCCCCAGAUGCCUGGGGCUGCAGCUGGGGCCCCUCAGGUCAGGGGACUUGAUGGAGCAAUAGAGCGAUGUGGUGUGACCGCUUGUUUAAGGCAACACAGAGAAGCAAAAAUAGGCUGUCCUAUCGUUUUGGAAACAAUGACGCUGCUCAGGACCCCUUUCCUAAGAAGGGCUCUGUGUCCUUAGAUGGCAAUACCUCUCCCAUGGUCACAGGUAUCUCUAGUCUAACCCACGGCUGGCAGCUCCCCAGUGUUCUCAACUCCUGUGGGCUGCAGCUCGCCCGCCUAACCUCAGGCUCACACUCACAGUGUCCUACUGAGCUAUGUAUGGGCUCCUAUAACAACACAGUGUGACUCCCAUAAUCCUUUGUCUUCUGGUUGCGGCCACACAGAACGCAGAAGCCAGGGGCCGAGUCUCUGGCUUUCUUAGAGUUGUGCAGGUUGAUAAAGAAGCCGCUGUGGGUGUCAUUGCCCACUAAAGUCACAUAGUCAGCCCCUGUGUCUUCCAAAUGAAGCCCAGGGUCCUGGUGGGAUGGUCUAGGGGCUGGGCAGUCUCAGGCCUUCAACCCUUGGAGUCCCGGCCUUUGCAUGUCACGCACGGGUGUUCCCACACACAGCAGCCUUACACACAGCUACUAGCCCUUUCCUCAAGGGACCCUCCCAGGGGGGGCCCACUUGAAGAAGAACGACUUUUCCUGUUUAGUUCUCUAGAGAUCUCCUCAGGCUUUGUUCCUCUCGGUGUCGGGAGUUUUAUGUGCAGUGUGCAUGUGUUUAUGUGUCACACAGAAGCCAGCAUCCAGCCCCAAGUCUACCCCUACAGAGAGCUGGUCACCAAGACCCGCAGCAGGCUCCUCGACCUACAGGUUCUAGAGUGAGGGGUACCUGAGCCCUUAUUAACGGAGGGGGUGCUUCUGAGGGCCUGAGGCCAACAGCACCCCAUCUAGUCAGCUACCAUAGAGCCUGUGGGCCACCCGGGUCUAUCUUAAUGUAACCUUUUACACUCUUAGGGAAAAAAAAAAAAAAGCACAAAUCUCAGUGUCUAGCCAGCAGCUCGGGGCACUUCAGCAUCCAGACGAGGUGCUGGGCUUGUCUGUCUGUCGCUAAGGUUGGUGGGUGACCCUGAAGGCACCUCCCGUAGAGUGGGAAGGGGGAAGAACCUGCUGAAGCCGUGGGCUCGGUAGCACAGACAUGUGGCCUGGACUCUCGUGACCCUGGAAAAGCCUUGGCACCAGAAGGCAUCCUGGAGUGUGACAUCACUGAAUGCAGCGCAAAGCCAGCCUCGCUGUGCACUGAGGAGAAGCCAUGGCCUUUUGGCACCAACCUGACUGGAGAUCCUGUCCCUCCUCCCAAGGAAGCUGGCCCUGGCUUGACAACUCAUUUUUCAUGCUGCGUUCUCGGGGGAGGGGUUCCAGCAUGCAGGCAAGCAAGCCUACGGCGCCUGGAAACAACACAUUUCUCCUUCUGAGCAGCACUUUGCUCUGAGAGAAGACUAAAGGGUAUUUAAAUUAACGAUGAAUAAAAAGCAGCCUGCCACCCUU